AUGGCUAACCUGGUGGUGGAACUAAAGAAUGAGCUGGCCAUAUCUAGUGAGCUGGAUUUGCUGAGGGCCUUGGACUUGUGGAGCAAGGAGAAGGGUGCCUCCCACUCAGUAGUGGAGGCCCUGCUGGACCAGGUCCGCUUCCCCAUGAUACUACCCGAGGAACUCUUUGAGCUGCAAUUCAACCUGUCCCUGUACCAGGGGCACCAGGCACUGUUCCAGAGGAAGACCGUGCAGGCCCUGGAGUUCCACACUGUGCCUUUCCGAGUGCUGGCCCAGUACAGAGGCCUGAAUCUCACUGAGGAUACCUACAAGCCCUGGAUUUAUACCUCAACCACCUGGAGCGCCUUGGUGACCUUCAGUUCCUGGGAUUCAUGGGGCAAGAUGACAUCUAGUUUCCAAAAGUAUCAAACACACUAUUAUCUAACAUCAUCAGCAUCCCCAUAUGACCCCUACAGGUCCCUGCAGACCCCACAGCACCCCAGCUUCCUCUUCAAAGAUAGGCUGAUCUCCUGGUCCCUUACCUACCUCCCCACCAUGCAGAGCUGCUGGAACUAUGGGCUCUCUUGUUCUCCAGAGGAGCUCCCAGUGCUGGGACUCAUCAAGUCCGGCUACUCGGACCCCACCGUCGGGUAUAAAAACAAAGCACUGAUGCUGUGUGGAGGGCGCCGUGUGGUAGACGUCACAGAUUUUGAAGACGCCAAGGCCCCCAUCCCCAGCGCUCUGGGCACCAACGGCACCAAGGCCUCCUCCCUCUUCCCCUGCACCUCAGGGUCCUUCAACAGCUUCCGUGUGGUCAUCCGCCCCUUCUACCUGACUAAUACCACUGACAUGGAUUAGAUGGUGCAGCCCAGUAGUGGGGCCUCAGGGAACUGGAUUGGCUCUAGACAUCUGUCUUCAGGUACCCCCUCCUUGACCUCCUUCCCCUCCGCACCACCUCCAGCAGCCUGCCACCUUGACCUCCUUCCCCUCCGCACCACCUCCAGCAGCCUGCCACCUUGACCUCCUUCCCCUCCGCACCACCUCCAGCAGCCUGCCACCUUGACCUCCUUCCCCUCCGCACCACCUCCAGCAGCCUGCCACCAGAUGUUUCCCCAGCUUUCUCUGCCUCUAUGAGCUGAAAGAAAGUACUCAAAGGUUUCAACCAGCAGUCAGCCCUGAUGCUGAGACUCCCCCAAGGGCUCCCACUGCUUGGCUGGCUUCCAGGCACCAGUGGGUGAGGCCUCUGUGGGAUUUCCCAUGCUCCCUGCAGUUGUUAGGUUGGUCCCAGUCACUAGUCUGAUGUCAUUAAACUCACACUGUUGCUUC